CCUGUUUCGGGAUUGGCCGGACAUUUUCGCCUCUUUGUUUUACUGAUAGUGGAUUUAAAUCGGAUUCAACCCAAUGUCCAGCGGACUGUACUGUUCCUAAACAGUAUACUCGUGGGCGGUGUGCCCGUCUACGGAGCCUGACCAGAAGACCACUCCGUCUGCCCCUUCUGCGGUGCCGUUGUUUUGGGUCACCUACUGGGAUCCGAUCCAUUGUCCUGGGUGGUGGUCCAAACAGAGGAUCCGCUUCGGGAAAGUCGUAUUCCGGGUUGUAAUGUUGCCACAUGAAAGGGCAUCCAUGAUGCGGAGCUAACACUACCUCGUGCCUGCAGGAAGAGACGUGGCUGCCAAAUUAUCCCCAGUCAACACAUGGCGGCAUUAGGGAACCCUGAGACGCUAACCAGGAAGAUCAAGCUGUGGGACAUCAACGCCCACAUCACUUGUCGCCUGUGUGAGGGGUACCUGAUAGAUGCCACUACUGUCACGGAGUGCUUACACACUUUCUGCAGAAGCUGUCUAGUGAAGUACCUUGAGGAGAACAACACCUGUCCCACGUGCAGGAUUGUCAUUCACCAGAGCCAUCCACUGCAGUACAUUGGCCAUGACCGGACAAUGCAAGACAUUGUCUACAAGUUGGUGCCGGGGUUACAAGAGGCGGAGAUAAAAAAACAAAGAGACUUCUAUCAGAAGCUGGGAAUGGAAGUGCCCGGGGACAUCAAAGGAGAGCUGUGCAGCAUGAAACAUCUAGAUCCUCAACGCAAUGGCGAGGUGAAAACAGAGAACGCAGACAAAAAGGAAACGGCGGAGGAGAAACCGGAGGAGGAUAACGAUUAUCACCGCAGCGACGAGCAGGUCAGCAUCUGUUUGGAGUGCAACAGCAGCAAGCUCCGCGACCUGAAGCGCAAGUGGAUCCGCUGCUCGGCUCAAGCCACGGUCCUUCACCUCAAGAAAUUCAUCGCCAAAAAGCUUAACCUGACAUCGUUUAAUGAGCUGGACAUUUUAUGCAAUGAAGAAAUCUUGGGGAAGGACCACACUUUGAAAUUCGUUGUCGUGACGAGAUGGAGAUUUAAGAAAUCCCCCCUCCUGCUGCAUUACAGGCCCAAAAUGGAUUUGCUGUAGUCGGACAGAAUGGUUGUUUUGGCCCAGUGGCCCAGGACUGUGCAACGUACUAUUUAUGCAGAGACGAUCAACACCAACACACCAGAGCAAAAGUACACACAAGCCAGCAAACAACGAACCCCAGCACAGAUACUGCACCACUGGCGGGUUUGGAUCAAAAACAACCUUUUUUUUGUCCACUAUACGUCCUAGAUAUGUGAAAAAUUAGAGAGAAAAAGCAUAUAUUUAUACUUUUGUACAGGUGAGAGACAUGGAACCAAGACACUACUGGUGCUCUGUUUACACAUGAACAAGAUGUCGGGUGAUCGUUCUACCGUCUUUUUUGUUUUCUACAGACUUCACUCCUCGGACAUUCAUUAACUGAUAAAAAAGGGGAGGACGAGGAUUUUUAACCAUUCGUUUUCUUUUUCAGGUUAAAGUCAGUGAGUCUUGGGAGCACAGAAAGUAUAUAAAGUUACAUAAUAAGACUGUUUCUAAGCUGUUUAUUGAGUUGUUGAAUUGUCCUCUGAUUUUUUUUAUUUGAUUUUUAAUUUGCUUCGGGGAUUUGCUGAACAUUGAUUGUGAAUAGGCAAAAACAAGUGUGUAGUAAUUUAUGUUCUAUAUAACAAUAUUGUACAUAAAAUGUCAUUAUGAGAGAGAUUGAAAGGAGUAGGAGAGAGACUUUAGACUGUUAGGAAAAGUUCCAGAAGUGCUAUAUUGUUGGGCUACUUGAAUGUAGCAUUGGAGGGUACGUUAGAGUUUUAAUGCAGAGAAGACUUCUUGUCGGUAUAUAGAAAGGCAUCCGAUAGUUGUCUGAGAGAGAAAUAAAAUAAAUAUAUCAAAUCUUCUGCCGUGUAAAAAAAAAAGAAGAAGAAAAGGGUCUGAAAUUACGUUGCAUUGCCGUAUGAGCAAUAUAUGAAUUUGAGACCGUCUACAAAAGCAGCCAGCUUCUGAUAGCAUUAUAGCGUCCUACUCCUUAGUAGAAUGUAUUCCACUGGGUGAUCUUCAUGUACAGCGCAGCAGGGCAUCCCUUCUUCUGUCCCUAUCUCAUCGCUACCUUUAGUGCCAAAGGCUUGAAAAACCCCUUGACUUCCCCUUGUAUUUCCACGUGGUGAGCUAUAUGAAAGUCCCUGAGAUAUCAUCUAUUUCACAGCAGUAUGUGACCUGAGAUAGAGAGCUGUUUGAAACAGAUAGUCAAAUAUGAAAUUGAGAUGUUAUUAAUAUCACAAGAGCUUCGAGUUUCUUCAUUAUGUUAAAGAAGCACACUCAGAUAUUGAAGAGUAAUACUCUUUUGAGCAUAUGAAAUAAAAUCAUUUUUUUAUAUGAUAUUAUCAAAAUCUACUUUUUGACCUUUGGGAGGUGGCUCUAAUUUGAGUGCUUAUUUGAGUGUAUCUAAUGAGAGUUGGGGGAGAAAGUACCUCAGAGCUGAAUGGCUUAACUGUGUAUUACGGGAACCAAGGCACGGAGGGACCGGAACAGUCUUAAUUCAUAGUCACGGCCACCUUUUUCGUCAGUGCAACUGAAAUAUCCUUUCCUUGAACUGGACCCUAAAAUAACAUUUCAGACCUCACAUAGCAUUACCUCACUGCACUGUCAAUAUUUCUGUCAAUAAUUGUUCGUUCCCCUCCUUGUGUUUAUGCAAGGAAAGCUGUCGGUCUUGUACACAGUCCAAAUACGUUUCUACAGGUGCAUACUAUGUCAAAAAGACUUUCAUACAGGUCUCUACGGAAUCCAGCUUAACCAAAAUGUAUUUGUAUUUGGUUAACAGUCCCCCCCCCCCCCCCCCCCCAGUAAAUGCAUAAAUAUAUUGAUAUAAGUAUUUUGUUUUUUAAAAAUCAUUUCCAUACUUUGACUAUACACAGGUCACCUUGGUAUUUGUUGUGAUGUCUUAUGGUGUGAAAUAUUUUUGGUAUGCAUAUGGCAACACAAUAUGCAUAAGUUCUGUCUGACUCAUUUCUUGUUUUUAUCACUACCUUCAGCCUUUGACCUUAGCUUACCCCAUCCAAGAGCCGAAUCAUGUAUUAAUCAUGUAUUAUUUGUCAUUAUUGACCCCUUGUCUGUAGUGUGAAUGACAUAUGCAUUUUGUGUUACAGGCCCCAUACAUGUACAUUAGCUUUGUUUGAACAGCAUAUUAGCCGGUACGCCCUCAAAAUAGCCAUGGAAUCAUUACGUAUUGCAAAAAAGCUACCAGAGAAAAACGAUGUAGUCACUAUUUCGCAGCAUUAUCUAUGGCUUCUUAAAGAACAAUUCCACCCCAAUAUCGUCCUUUGGUGUUUGUUUCAUUAGUCCAUUGUUGAUAUAGUCCCAAAAAUGCUUUGCUUGUCGGCACUCAAGUUUUCAAGAUAUGUAACUUAAAAAUGACAUAAAUCAUCCCCCGUGUGAUGCAUUUUGCAGAGUUUUCGGGUUGAGUUUUCCUUUAAGAACUGGUAUAAUUGGAACAAAGGCAUGUUACAUGGUGUUGUUAUGAGUCUCAGAUCUUCUUUUCUCAACUUGUUUUGUAUGCACGUGAGUACUGUUCAGGAUCCCUGUGAUGUGAUCUCUGGGACAGAAUGGGGGCGGCGAGGGGGUCUUGUUUUGGGGGCUUUGCCACCGUCAAGGCUGGUGCUUGCGUUUCUUUUCUCUCUUCUUGGAGCUGAGUAUGGUGCUAACCUCUUUUCUCUAACUCAAUCUUGUGCAGAUCAUCUUCAGAGGGUUCAAAUGAGUGCAGUGGAUCCCGAGUGCUGAUAGUAGUUCAGUCACUCACUAGUCGGGCUUCGUGACGACCUGCCUAGUGCCUACGUGCCGGAGCCCUGUCUUUUCUUGUCACAACUGUCUCUCUCGCUCUCUCUGUGCAGAGGAAAAAUGUGCUGGCUUUUUCUUGUUGAUUUGUUUGUUUGCUUUUCCCCACGGUCCAGGCUUGCUCUGGAAAUGGAACAGAGAGAAUGGUCAAUAAAGUUGUGGACCGUGAAGGAGUGUUAUUGAAAAUACAGAAAAGCUGGGGUAGCUAUAAACCCAAAUCAUUCAGCUUCAGAGAGAGAGAGAGUGUAUUUAUUUUGGGGUAUUUUCAUGCGAGCCACAGUAACCUCAGUUAAAAGCAUGGGGAUUCCAGUCCUAGCUGUAGUUGUUCAUUCUUCUCUAUGUAAUUGGUACAGAAAUCUCAUUCCACAGUUGGUUUUCUUUAUCACUCACUAGACUUUUAUGACUUGUAGCAGUUUUUAGGCAUUGGUCGGGUGCAUUCAGUGCCAGGAAAGUGGGCAGAGGUAUUGUUGUUUGAAUGUUUCCAAAGUGAACUCAUACCCAGGAGACCAUAAUAGUAUGCCUGAGAGGUGUGUGGAGUAACGUGCGGGCAGGUUCCACCUCCGAAGCAGUGGAUUGGAUCGAUCUUCAUGCUUUUAUCAGCCCAACAUUGAGACAUCAGUGCUGCUUCACUUGACAGCCAGGCUAAGAGGCUUACAGGCUUCCCCACAGUGUUCACUGCAGACUGGGGUUUGCAUCCAGACUGAACCGUUGCCAGUGUGGAAACCACGGCCUCCGAAUUAUCCACACUGCGGUUGGGGCGAGCUAUAAGGAACUGAUAAAUAGUCUAAUUGCCUUAUUGACUACCAGCGAAUUGAGUUGUCAUAAUGCCACUUAUGAAGACCAGAACUAGACAUGCUACAUGAGGAGGCUUUUAACACAGUUUUUUUUUAAGAGCGAUAAGUCUUAACAGUGGCAGUCAUUUUAGACCGGAUACCCUGGAUAGACAUCAAAGUAUUCCAGGUGGUCUCAAAAUGUCCGUGCUUGUUCCUGUAAUAACAGUCUUCACUCUGAGUGUGAUGGCUCUUUUUUACUCUGGCCCCCUGAGCUCUCCUGUAAAGCUCUGUAAUCACCUAGGCGACCAGGUACGUGUGACUGGGGUCACUCAGACGGCUAGUCUGGAUGAAACACUCAAAAAAUACAGAUUGUCGGGCCAGGGUGGCACCGCACCACUGCACUAACUCAGAAAGGCAGCUUGGCUCUUGACGGUGCUAUGCCUAAGUGGAGUGAAUCACAGUCUCACAGGUGGUGCCAAUUGAGGGGCAACUGUCUGGAAUGGGCUUUCACUUCAACAUGAGAUUUCCAUUUCAAUUGUCCAUUUCAAAGGCGUCAAAUUAUCCCCUGCAACUAGGACCCUAGACUGAGAAAGAGGAACGGGAUGUGGUCUGGAUGUCAACGCGAGUUAAUUAGCCAGAUAAAUGUUGGUUCGAUAUAGACUAAGGAGUUACAGUCAUAUUGUUCCUCAACGUGUAGGGAAGUAAGCCCACAGUUACCAACCUUCACAGUGGCAGGCCCUCAUGAGCCAUAAAUGUGGUCGUCAUCGAUAUAAAUCUGUCCGAAUUUUGUAUUAUAAUUAUUAUUAUUUAUUUGUACUGUAAAGUUAUGACUUUUACAGUAGCUUAUUUGUUUUUGAAAAAUGUCAAGAGAUUUGAUAUCCUUCCCCGUGUUCAUGAUUGACCUUUUUGUUUGUUUAAAACAUACAAGACUCAUGCAUAAUAUUGUACGGCUUAAAUUAUGAAUUUGUAACUGUCCUCCCUCUUUUGUAUUAUUCUAAGUGAUCACCUCUGCGCAAUGCUCUCUGUAAAUGACCAAUACAAGCUGUGCUCCUUUUUGGGUAAAAGAAAAACAAAUGUAAAUCUGGCAAUGUGGUUAUAUACGCAAUAUACGUUUCUCAGAUGGUUCCAGGCUUCAGCGUAAAAACUCAAUUUAACUUUGUUUUGUUUUGCUUUCCAGUCAAUUCCUCAGGUCACAAAAAUGCCUUCCUGGUCUUGGGGGUGACCAGGAAUCUCAGACUACACUAAUGCACCCGGAUAUGAAAUGGCUGGAUUUAGUUUUGGUCUUGUUUCUCUUGUUUUGCCGUUGUCUCUGUGACAGACAUUUCCACAGUUGUGUUUCUGGGUUAAACACAGGCACUUAUUCAGGUGUCUUUUGUGCUUGUCCUCUUUUUUGAAUUAUGAUUCUUUAUUGCACAUGUAAUAAACUGGUUUCCAUUGCUACAUUAAAGGAGUUUUGGGUAGAGAACUGGGCUGGAAUUUCCUACACACAAUAUUAAGGAUGCUUUUUUUUGUUGAAAACUAGUGUGUAUUUCAUCAAUAAAUGCCUUUAAAAGUGUCUGUAA